AUGGACAACUCCUUUGUGGAAGAAGUGGCUGCUUCACUGGUGAGAGAAUUUCUCAGUAGAAAGGGUUUGAAGAAAACCAUCACCACCAUGGACCGAGAGCUGCCACGUUCUGCACUUAGCAUCAAUAACAGAAACGAACUCCGAAAUGUCCUGCAUCUGCACUCCUUGUACAAACAGAACAAGGCAAAGGAGAACCCACUGAAAACACUUCUUGAAGUUAUUACCAAUUACUUCCUUGAGCACCGGGGGACUUCCAGAAGCAUCAGCUCAAGUUCUGCUCUGUCAGCUCCUCAAAGUAAGAGCUCAACAUCUCACCCGCUCGAGCUCUCAGAUGAAGACCAGGUUCACGGGAGUGCCAUGACGCUCGGUGAAAGUGAAACUCCAGCCUGCAGGUAUGAUGCUGAGAAUCCACUAAAUAAAAUACUUCCAUCCAGAAAACAUCAGCACAGAAGUGAAAAAUGCCACACAGGGACAACACACAACAACCACUUGUCCUCAGACGGGGAUAAGAAUUUAAAAGAUAGUCGAGAAGAUUUAAAAGCAGCAACAAUUUCUGAGGAGCUGAAAUCCACAGUGAAGGAAAAGCCAAAGCCCAGGUCUGGUCUCAUUGUCAGAGGAAUGAUGGCUGGACCAGUAGAGAGUUCACCAGAGGAUCUGCAAAAAAGGAGGCUUUCAAAACGAUCCACGAGCAUAAUCAGCACAGCACACUGCAAGGGUGAAGAACAUGAAGAAAAUUCCCUGAGUGUCCCAAGUAUUGCCUAUCAAGAUAGCAAAGGAUCUUCAACACAAGUAAAUACGGAGUUUUCAUCAAAGACUGUGUCAAGCUCACACACAAGUUCCGCCUCUCAAAAACUAAGAAACAUCCCCAAAGACACAGACGACUCUUUUGCCAAACUAGUGUCUGAAAGAGAGAGGACCAAGACAGAAGAAAGAAAAUCAGUCCCAGAUUUUGGUACAGACAGCAAUGAAAAAAGCCUUAAAGUGAGUGCAUCUCACAGACAUUCAGGGGCUGGAAGAGAGAAGAAAGAAAGAUCCCUCAAGAAAAGUGAGAGUCGAUUGUCAGGCCACAG